AUGCAAAAACUAAUGAUCAAAAGAGAUAUAAGGCAUGCCUAUCAUAGAAUCUUGAGGAAUAGGGAUAGAAGAGAGGACCGACAGAGGCCCUCAAGACAUUUUCAGGACAUUCUUCAUGCUUAUAAGGUCCUUUCUGAUGAGAAUAAGAGGAAAAUUUACGACAAGUUUGGAGAACAAGGUCUUCUUGAAGGAAAACAGGUAUCAUCGAGUGAAGAAAAUUCGGAUCAAUCUGUAAAUACUGAGACUGCAGCAAACAAUGAUGCUUUGGGUACCAAUAAUGGUGGACCAUCCACAUUGCAAUUCUUAAUGAUGAUUAUUGGCAUCAUUGUACUUGUACUCUUUUUCAUGAAGAAAUCUGCACGAAGCAAGUCUACUGUCAUGUCUACAUCUGCCCCAAAAGAAGAUGUUUAUUGGUAUAAAAUUCUUUAA